GCUUUCGAGUUUCCAGCCCAGAACCAGAGUUGCCUUACCUUACCACUAAAAGGUGACCAUUAUGCAUCGCUCAGUUGAAGGAUUGGAUUCCACAUUUGACAUCUUUUUAUUAAUACAAAAAAAUAUAUUCAAUUUUGUUGCCACGAUUACAAAGUUUUAGUUUAUUAUUGGUGCUCAAUUUUCAACUCAUUAAAGGAAAUGCAUUAACAAAGGUGAUUAAGUUUUUCGCAUUUGAGCUGAGAACAGCUCAAAUCCAAUGGUACAUUUGAGUUGAAAUCUUCUCUCUAUAUAUAUUCUUCUUGCUGGUUGCAUAUUAUAAACUUGGCAUGUUCAAAGUUCAAACAAUGGAUGAUAAUAAAUUAAAAGCCAGAAAAAGCAAAAACAAUGUUGUUUCAUUAACCAGAAACAGUGCUAGUGCUUGCUUAGAUUACCAUAAGUUCCUUAGUUCAAUGCAUACUAGGAAAACAAAACUUAUCUGCAGUGGUUGCAAAAAAGAGCUUGUAGUACCCACAAAAACAAAUACUUACCGUUGCUAUGAAUGCAACAGUGUUAGCAAUUCCAUUUCAGGUUAUAAACAAUCAGGAGAAAACAAUGGAGGGGCCAAAUUGUUCAACCAAGAUCAACAACUACACAAUGCUAUCACAAACGUAGCUAAUUCAUUGUCCUUGUCGUCGUAUCCAACUACAACCGGUAACAAGCGCGCAGUUCUAUGUGGAGUUACUUACCGCAAAAGACGAUAUAAGCUAAGCGGAACCAUCAAUGAUGUUAUUAACAUGAAAUCUCUACUGGUUAAUAAUUUUGCAUUCCCAAUUCAAUCCAUACGUGUCCUCACAGAAGAACAGAAAGAUCCAAAUUUGUUUCCAACAAAGAGGAAUAUAAUGGAAUCUUUAAAGUGGCUGGUGAAGGACUGCAGGUCAGGAGACUCAUUGGUGUUCUACUUCUCCGGACAUGGUUUGCAACAAGCAGCACAACACAAAGAAGAUGAAACUGAUGGGCUUGACGAAACUAUUUGCCCUGUUGAUUUUAUUAGAGAAGGGAUGAUCACUGACAAUGAAAUCAAUUCUACCAUUGUCGGGCCACUUAAGAAAGGUGUUCGACUUCAUGCUAUUAUUGAUGCUUGUCAUAGUGGAACAUCUCUUGAUCUCAUGUAUGUUUAUAAAAAAGACAAUGGCAAUUGGAAAUGGGUGGAUAACAAACCCCCUGGCACAGAACCUGAUACUAAAUGUAAAAAUGGUGGACUGGCCAUUUGCUUCAGUGCUUGUGAAGAUGGCCAGAUGGCUGCUGAUACUGCAGCUUUUGGAGGAAAUGAGAUGAACGGUGUUAUGACCUAUCUUUUGACAAAAAUAAUUAGAGAAAAUUCUGGAAUCACAUAUGCUGGUUUGCUAGAAAAAUUGCACGAGGAAAUUGCGAAAAUUCACCGAAUCAAACACUUUAACGGGUUCUUGAGACACAUUUUUCACCGUAGAAUUGAGCAGGAUCCUCUCUUAUCAUCGUCGGAGAAAUUUGACGUUCAUACAAGAAUAUCAUUUUGAGCAUGCACGUCGGAACAAAACAAAGUCUUUGAAGGCUGAUUUGGGCCAUUACUUACGGAUUCCUGUUUCUUUCAAGUUCCAAGCCAUGCAAGAUGUACCUAAUUGACAUAUGGCCACUUGCUCAAUGUGAUGUACUCUGCAAACUCUAAAGCAGGAAAGUUGAAAGGGACACUUGGAAGCACUAUCAGCCCAUAUAUAUUACAUCAUUACACAAAGUAUUAAAAAAUUUAUUUAUAACACACUAUAUAUUUACAAAGACCAUAACUUACAUAAAGUUGAUUCUAAGUGCAUUUUGCCAGAGCUACAACUAACUGUAGUCUUCUGAGGAGUUUGAUAUCUAUUCAAAGUUGGUUUGUUCUAAUGUGACACAUAACGCAACAGGUAGGGGAGGUCUGUCCUGUUGGAAGAAAAAGACACGUGACCAUUGACGAGGUUUGGUUUUAAACUAACAAGGGAAGUACUGUUUUGUAUUGUAUUAUAUUGUAUUGCUGCAUUGUCUCAUUUCAUGUGUGUUGUCCAAACACUAGUUGUUCCUAAACAUUGAUGCGGAUUAAGUCAUUUGGGACAAUAAACUCCUCAUAUAGAUGUCUGUUCCUGUGCAUCAGUUAUCUAAAUCACAUUGUUGAGAUUUGUGUUCUAUUCUUGUCUGUUCUCUACUAUGAUAGAUCAAAUGUUAUAUGAGGUAUUGCUGAGAAGCUAUGUAGAUGAAUUUAUGUAUGCAUUACUUAAAUGGUGUAACUUUGUUUACGGUUAAUUUCGGCAACCAUGCUUCGAUUCAACACAAA